GCCGAGGGACUGUGAGAAAGUGCAGUGGGACCCAGACUCACACAUUCAUAUGGAGAUGUGGGACUAUAAAUAGGAGGGAUGGAGCCAGCAGAGAGCAGAUCCAGCCAUGGCUCCUACCAUCACUGCACAGGAGCAUCUGACUCUGAGCCACAAGGUCAGAAAGCCUCUGGUGGAGAAGUUACGCAGAGAGCGAAUCAACAGCAGCAUCGAGCAGCUCAAGUGUCUCCUGGCUCCAGAGUUGGUCCAACAGCAGCCAGACUCCAAGCUGGAGAAAGCAGACGUCCUGGAGAUGACAGUUUGCUUCCUGACACGGCUGCAGCAGCAGCGGCGGCGGCGGAGUCGAGCCGCGGACUCGGCGGAUCGGGGUUUCUCCCGGUGCGUCCGAGAGGUGGAAGACUUCCUGACCGAGGAGGAGGAGGAGGUGAAGACACGACCCCAGAGGAGAGGGAUGAUGAUGAAGACCCUCGACCGGCUGCGCUCUUCGUCUGAGCAGAAGCUGAGAGAGGCCGACUUCUCUCCUCCGAGCUCCGCGGUCACGCUCAAGGGGCCGGUGAGCGGCGCCCCCUGGAGGCCGUGGUCGACUCCCGAGGACCGAAGCUGAAGAAGAGUCUUCGAUAUUUGAAUAUGACAUUUUCUUCAUUUUUAUGAGCUUUUGUAAAGCAACAGUUCUUGGUUUCUGUGAUAUUUGCAGACGACAGGUCGACCGCGACUUCUGAAAGUGGUCACGCGUUUCGUUCUGUGACGUCACGUCUGUGACGUAGACUUUACUAUUGUUCCCUCUGGGAAUGUCCCUCUGUGUUGUCGUCAGUUAUUCAUGUUGAACAUGUUGAAGAUUAUUUGUGAUAUUCACAUUGUUGAUGUUGAAAUCGUCCGUUGUGACGAAUGUGUCUGGACUUUAUCAGUCGAAGAUCAAAUGAGCUGCGUGGUCGCUCUGCGAGCGACAGCCGCUGAUCCUUCUGUGAAGGAGUCGACAUGAAUGUUUCUCUUCAAGCCAAGUGAUGCGAAAUAAAACAAUCCAGAAAAAAACAAGG